CGUGACAUAUGUUGAACGAACAAUUGCAAUGUGUUGUGAAAGACGGCUGCUGUAGUCUGUGUAAACGAGUAAUCACUGGGUAAAACGUAUAAACAACGUAGAAAAAAACACAUUUUCGUAAACGACUGUGAUUUCUGCGCUAAGGCAACAAACGCAAAAUGAACCAAGCCAGCCGCAAAGUGUUGGAAAUUCUGAAAGAUUCAGAACGUAUUGCCGAUCAAGUGCUACAAAAUAAACAGGAAAUUGUUCAAUUGGACAAACGACGGCAAGAAACCCGUGAAGCCAUCCGAGAUCUGGGCAAAGAUGAUGAGAGAAAAGUUUGGAUCACCAUCGGACCGAUUUUAGUCAAAAUGGAAAAAGCAAAAGCAUUCGAACUGAUGAAGAAAGAUCAACAAACGAUUAACGUGGAGAUAAACAAGUUGCGAAGUGAACAAAAGGAAUUGAUGUCCAAAUUGCGACAGGUUGAAUGCCAGGCUCCGAUUGUUGGUUUCGAUCUUAAGCCAUUAGAUCGCAAAGAAGUGAACGCGCUCAGUUCCAAUCUCCCUGGAUUUUAAAAUACUCACACACAAAAAAAAAAACAAAUUACCUCGUUCAAUGAGAUUUUCUGGGAAAAUCCACACGAUUCACUUAAAUUAAGCAAAAAAUGAAUAAAAAUGAAGAAAAGAAAUUAAGUAAACAUUUGAAAGUUGAAUAAAAAGAUGAAGAUCGAAAAGAAAAAUUAUAUUUAAAUAAUGACAACAAUUGAAUUAGUUUUAUUUGAGCCAGAUUUGAUUGCAUAUAAAAAAUAUAUGUUUCAAUGAGUAUUUUAAUUAAGCAUUUUUGCAUACUGAUAUAAAAAUAUUCAUAUAAAAAAUAAAAUUCGAAUGAAAAA